AUGUCAUUAACAUCAACAAACCUAAACAACGUUUUCCCCUUAUUAAGUAGAGGUAAAGUCAGAGACAUUUAUGAAAUUGACUCACAAACAUUAUUAUUUGUAGCAACAGAUCGUAUAUCAGCUUAUGAUGUUAUAAUGGAAAAUGGUAUAAAUGAUAAAGGUAAAAUACUAACUAAAUUAUCUGAAUUUUGGUUUAAUUAUUUACCUAUUGAAAAUCAUUUAAUUAACAAAGACAUUUUCAAAGAGUAUCCUCAAUUAGAACCCUACAGAGAUCAAUUAGAAGAUCGUGCUUUAUUGGUUCGUAAAUUGAAAUUAAUUCCUUUAGAAGUUAUAGUUAGAGGUUAUAUUACUGGAUCAGCAUGGAAAGAAUAUAAAAAAUCUAAAACUGUACAUACUAUUCCUAUAGAAGAAAAUUUAGUAGAAUCUCAAGAAUUCCCAACAGCGAUUUUUACACCAUCAACAAAAGCAGAACAAGGAGAUCAUGAUGAAAAUAUAUCACCAAAACAAGCUGAAAAAUUGAUAGGAAAAGAACUUUGUGAUAAAUUAUCAACUACUGCAAUUGAAUUAUAUGAAAAAGCAAAGAAUUACGCUAAGACAAAGGGAAUAAUUAUAGCAGAUACUAAAUUUGAAUUUGGAUUAGAUGAUAAUAAUAAUUUAGUAUUAGUUGAUGAAGUAUUAACUCCAGAUUCUUCAAGAUUUUGGAACGCUAAAACUUAUAAGUUGGGUGAAUCUCAAGAUUCUUACGAUAAGCAAUUUUUAAGAGAUUGGUUAACUUCAAAUAAAUUAGAUGGGAAAGAAGGAGUUAGUAUGACUCAAGAAAUUGUUGAUAAGAGUAGAGCUAAAUAUAUUGAAGCUUAUGAACAAUUAACUGGUGAGAAGUGGGAAUAA